GGGUCGUUAAAGCAGCGUCUUGCUCUCGCGCUCUCUACUUUCUUUCACCCCGUUCGCAUCGCUUCACCGAGGAGAAAAAUAACAAGCGCAGUCAAAGGCAUAGGACAUGGCUGUCGUGCUUUCCUAGCGAGUCUGCUCUGAAGAGUGUGUGUGUGUGUGUGAGUGUGAAAGAAAGAAAGAAAGAAAGAAAGAAAGAAAGAGAGAGAGAGAGAGAGAGAGAGCGAGAGAGCGAGAGCGAGCGAGCGCGAGACGCCCGUGUGUUUACAGUAGCUGGAUGUGCAGCGACAGCUGAGCUGGACUCCUAACCCGAGUGACGGCGGCGGUGUGAUGCGGAUUUCCUCUGUCAGGGCCGAGAUCUGUUGAGAUGGAAUGGUGCAAGAAAGUAGUGACAGAGAUCGCGGCCUGAACACACACCACAACAUGGAGAUCCAUCCGCUAUGCACUAAGCUUUGCCAUCAUAAAGCUGUGGAGCUGAAGGAUGACGUGUGUGAGAAGCAGAGUGCCGUCACCAUUAACCCUCGGCACAUGAAGAAAGCUUUCAGGAUCAUGAACGAGUUGCGCAGUCAGAGUGUGUUGUGUGACGUGACCAUUGUAGCAGAGGACGUGGAGAUCGCAGCUCACCGAGUGGUUCUGGCAGCCGGGAGCCCGUAUUUCCAUGCCAUGUUCACAGGCGAGAUGAGCGAGAGCAGGCAGAAGAAGGUGCGGAUAAAGGAGAUAGAUGGCUGGACGCUGGGCAUGCUGAUCGAUUACGUUUACACUGCCGAAAUACAGGUCACCGAAGAGAACGUACAGGUGCUGCUGCCUGCUGCCGGUCUUCUCCAGCUGCAGGAGGUAAAGAGAGCAUGUUGCGAGUUUCUCUCCACUCAGCUCCACCCGACAAACUGUCUCGGUAUCCGGGCCUUCGCUGACCUGCAUGCAUGCUCUGACCUCCUCAACCUGGCCAACUCGUAUGCAGAGCAGCACUUCUCAGAGGUGAUGCAGUGUGAGGAGUUCCUCAAUCUGGGCAUGGAGCAAGUGUGCAGCCUUAUCGCCAGCGAUAAACUCACCAUACCUUCUGAAGAGAAGGUGUUCGAGGCGGUCAUUGCGUGGGUCAAACACGAUAAGGACGUGCGCCAGGAACAUAUGUCUCGUCUGAUGGAGCACGUACGCCUGCCUCUCCUGUCCAGAGAGUACCUCGUACAGAGGGUGGAGGAGGAAACGCUGGUGAAGAACAGCAGCGCUUGUAAAGACUACCUGAUCGAGGCCAUGAAGUACCACCUGCUGCCGGCCGAGCAGCGCUCCAUGAUGAAGACCGUCCGCACCAGAGUGCGCACCCCAGUCAGCUACCCGAAGGUGAUGGUGGUUGUUGGAGGCCAAGCCCCGAAAGCUAUCCGCAGUGUGGAGUGUUAUGACUUUGAAGAGGAGAGAUGGUACCAGGUAGCAGAACUGCCAUCCAGACGAUGUCGAGCAGGUGUAGUGUACAUGGGUGGCAUGGUGUACGCUGUCGGAGGCUUUAACGGCUCUCUGCGUGUGAGAACAGUGGACGCGUACGACCCUGUGAAAGACGAGUGGUGCUGUGUGAGCAGUAUGCAGGACCGGAGGUCCACACUAGGUGCCGCUGUUCUUAAUGGACUCCUUUAUGCCGUGGGUGGAUUUGAUGGCAGCACAGGUCUGGCUACAGUCGAGGCGUACAACUCGAAGACCAACGAAUGGUUCCACGUAGCUCCCAUGAACACCCGGCGCAGCAGCGUGGGAGUGGGCGUGGUCGGAGGUAUACUGUAUGCAGUUGGUGGGUAUGAUGGAGCGACACGUCAGUGUUUGAGCACUGUGGAGGCGUAUAACCCGAACACCAACGAGUGGUCAUACAUAGCGGAGAUGGGCACACGGCGCAGUGGAGCAGGAGUGGGUGUGCUGAAAGGUCUCCUGUAUGCUGUGGGUGGACAUGACGGCCCGUUAGUCAGGAAAAGCUGUGAGGUGUACGAUCCCGUCUCCGGUACCUGGAAACAAGUGGCCGAUAUGAACAUGUGUCGCCGGAACGCAGGAGUGUGUGCAGUCAGCAAUCUGCUGUACGUGAUCGGGGGUGAUGACGGCUCCUGUAACCUGGCGUCGGUGGAGUUUUAUAAUCCCAGUACGGAUAAAUGGACCAUAUUGCCAAGCUGCAUGAGCACCGGGCGCAGCUACGCAGGUGUGUCGGUCAUUGAUAAACCUCUCUGAGUAAUUGAAGAGUUGAAUCUCUUUGAGUUGAAGUGGAAGCUGAAAAUAAGCUGACGUGAUGCUGAGGAGUGGCUCACACUGAAGACGAGGCUGAAGCUUCAUCCUGGAGCUGCUUCAUGAUUCAGAAGGCCUGGACAAAACUGCUCUCUCUCUCUGUCUCUCUCUCUCUUUUUUUGCUCUCUCUCUCUCUCUUUCUUUCUUUCUUUCUUUCUUUCUUUCACACACUUAUUCUAGCUCUGUCUCUAUUUCACUCUCUCUACAUAUCACUUAGUCUCUAUUUCUGUUUUUAUCUCUGUAUCUUCCUGCUUCUUUCUGUCUUUCUCAAUUUUCCUCUAUCUAUAUAUUUCUCUCUCUCUCUCUUUCUCUUUCUCUCUCCCCACCACAUUUUUUUCCUGUUCUUUCUUCCUUUCUGUUUCUUGUCUCCUCUCGCUCUCUCUCUCGCUCUUGCUCUCUCUCUCUCUCUCUCUCUCUUUCCUUCCUUUCUUUUUAUUUGAGAGUAGUUACAGUAUGAUGAAGAUUUUUGCACUUUUUGCAGUAAAGUACUAACCAAGCGUGCGGUUCAAACUCUAACGUAAUUGAAAGGAUGCCUCUGAAAACACUAGAGUAACGUUCCAGCGUCUGUCCGUGGGGCUUGGGAGCGAAUCCCUCGACCUGAAGGAAGCCCUCGAUCUCGUCAUGGAUGUAUUGGACCUGGAAUCGGGACUCAAUUUUAAAAAAAACGGACCAGCACUUUCUUGCUCUGAAAUCUCCGAAAGUCACCGGACUUGAAGAGAUGAUUUUAUGAAGAAGGACGGACUAUUGGACUAGGUUGCUCUGGUGGUGUUUUUACGGCAGGAAUGAGAGCUGCUAAUCGACGAGCAUAAAGCUGCAUCGUGUGAACGUUAAUAGGAGACUUGCACCCGCAUUUCUCGAGUUUCUUUGCCAAACUAAGUUUGAAAAGUCUUAACGCUGAACAUUUCUUCAUUUCUUACGCACCGUGUCUUUUAUCUGCGAUCCGGCCGGGUGUGAAUAUCUGUUCUGGAUGUAUCCGUGAUGCGCUGCUCUGCUGCUGCGUGUGUCUGAGCAUGUGUAUCGUGUCAGACUGCUGCUGGCUGCUCGGCUGUGGAAGUGCUUCUGCAUGGAUCUAGGUUUCUUUCGUGUUUGUGUGCGUGUAUGCGAGUGUGUGUACGUACGUACGUAUGUGUGUGUUUGUGUACUGUUUUUAAACUACUGCUGUCAUAUGUUCAGCGAAGAGCGGGACACUGCGUCCCUCUGCCCACUGCUGAACACUGACCAAUUAUGUGCAAAUGUUCUCUUUCUUUUCUUCCUUUCCUUUCCAUUCCUUUUAUCUUCUGUACCUUUUCUAAUCUCGGUUCUGUACUCUCUCUAGUGUUUCUAUUUAUCUAUUAUUAAUUAUUCUAAUCAAUAUUAAAAUAGGUGUUGGUCAAGAGGAAUGCAGCGCACUUGAACCAUUUCAUAAUGUGUUUUAUAUCAUGAAUAAUAAACAUGCUUCUUGUAUUUAAAG